AAAAGCUGAAAGCGGCUAAAAAGAAAAUCCAAUAGGGGCCUUGAAGAACUCUAAACUCGACCGCUGAAGAUGUACAAGGUCCUACUUCGCAUUUGCUAUCUCUGUAUCCUCUCGUCGCUGGUAAAUCCUCUGGCAUGUGAACCCCUCCUUUUCUCCUCUAUGGCGGCGUGCUCUCCAAAACAUCAAAAUAAACAAACAAAAAAAAAAUACAAAAAUCAGAAACAUAAAUCAAACCAAAAUCCUAAAAGGCGACAUGCAACCUGGAAGGAAACUUACCUCUUCCUUUCAUCACCACCGUCGUCAUCAACUCCGACAUAAGAAGGCAGAUCGAGGAAGAUCGAGAUGGAAAGAGGAGAUCGAGAACGAGAGGGACAUUUCGUUUCGAUUUGGCCGAUUAUGAAUCAAAAAGACAGGGAUGAUAAAGAGUGGCGGGAGAAGGAGGAAUCCAUAGAAAGAAGGGAAUUCAUUUUUUGCCCUCUGUACGUUCUUCAUCCAGAAGUAAGACUAGAGAGGGAAGACUAAAGGUGGCGGCUGGUUAGAAUGGGAGAUUAGGAUUUUUUGUGUGUAUCAAUCUAUAUUUAUAUGCAUAGUCCGAGAAGGGAUGGGAAGGCGGGAUUUUUCCGUUGGUGAAGGGGUUGCAGCGUUGAGUUACAAAAGGGGAGAUGAAGGGGUUGCAGCGUUGGGUUACAAAAGGGGGUUCUCGGUUUUAUCCGCCAGUGAUGGAUUGUUUUUAAGGAAGGCGAGAUUUUGCCCGCCACUGAGAUCUUGAGAAACGAAGCGGCGGAGAAGGGUAUUAAUUCUUCUUCUUUUUUAUAUAUUUUCUUUUAGUUAAAUCAACAAUUGGGGAAGGCGGAUUUUCCCGUUGGUGAGAAUCAAUGAUGAAGGGUAUUGAAACCCUUUUUCUUUUCCUUAAAAAAAAGAAGAAAUCCUUUUACCUUUUUUUUUAAGUUUCUAGUUACAUAAUUCGUUGGUUGUGUUUUUGGAUGUUGUUUAGGGUAAAGUUUUCACAAGUUUAGUUCACGUUACCAAUUAGUUAAUUAUAAUACAUUUCACUUGGAGUAUAAGAUUUGGAUGGUUUAAUUGACAAAGUCAUCCUUAAUUGUAUAGGGGUCUUUCGAUAUCGUCGUGUCGGUUAUCAGUUUUAAUCGAGUACUGAAUUGAUACUUAUGGUUAAUGGUUAAACGAUAAUUGUUAAAUUAGGUUAUUUGCUAAAGUUCAGGGUAAGGGUCUAGGGUAAAUUUUUUUACAGGGUUUAGGGUAUUGGCUAAAGUUCAGGGUAAGGGUUUAGGGUUUUACAGGUUUAGGAUAUUGGCUAAAGUUCAGGGUAAGGGUUUAGCGUUUAGGGUUCAGGGUUUAUGGUUUAGUGUAGGGUUUAGGGUUUACAGUCUUGUUAAAAAUUUUAACUAAGUAAUUGAAACAAAUUGGAAGAAUCAAACGAGUCCUGCACUACUCAGGAUAUUGUAUCAAUGGAUUCAGAUUUCACACUCGUACUCGCGAGUUAACCAAAAGCAGUCAAAACAAUGGUGUGAUGGUGAGAGGGGAGAACGAUGGUGAAAUUCAUUACUAUGGCAUUCUCACCGAUAUCAUCGAGCUUCGUUAUACAGAAGGGCUUCGUGGUGUAUUGUUUCAGUGUGAGUGGUAUGACACCGCUUGCGAAGGCGUUGGUUACAAGAAAGAUGGACAUGGCACUAUUACCAUCAACACAACGCGAAGGCUUAGAACAUAUGAGCCAUUUGUUCUGACUAGUCAAUCAAUUCAAGUUUAUUAUGUGCAAUCUUUAAGAGAUCCAAAUUGGGAAAUUGUGGUUGAAACGCGACCAAGAAAUUUGUUCGCGAUGCCAUCUAAUACGGAAGGAGAAGGAGAAGGAGCAUUAGACGAAGCCUAUCAAGAAGACAAUAUUUUAAUUGAUGAUCCUAGGGUACUCCAAACUUAGGGAGAUAUUCUCUUAAACUGGACUAGAGCAGGGUUCGAAGAUUAAGAUUGACUAAUUUGGUCUUUGCAGAUCGAAAUAUAUAUUAUAUAAUUUCUAUUAUAAUUUUCAUAGAAACAGUGCUUACUAUGUGUUUUUUAUUGAUUCAAUAAUCAUUUCUGAAAAUGUCAUUCUUGUCCAUUUAUGAAAAAAUGUACAAUAAUUUAUUUUGUAAGAAAGGUUUCAAUUUUGUAACCAAAUGGUUCAAAAGAAUUGUGUGGCAUACAAAAUGUAUUUGUGCUUACCAUUUACUGCUGACGAAUUUUUUUUUUUAUGAAUGGUAGGGCUUUUCAUUUCAUAAAAAAUGGGGCAAACAACUUUGCUGGCAACAAGCUCUAACCAGCUGAGCAAUGAACCUUUACAAGGAGAUCACAUUAAACUAAAAUAGACUAGCCAAACUAUAACCAUAGAAUUAGAAAAAACGAUCUAGGAUCCCAUGGUCCAGUAACAGCCUCAGAUCUCCUUUUAUCAGUCUCAGCUCUUCCAUGUCAAACACCUUACCUCCAAACUUAAUCCUGCAUCUCUCCCUCCAGAUGCUGACGACAUUUUAUGGCGUAAAAAAUGUUAUUUUUUUCCUGACCAAACUGUGGUCACGAAAUUUUUCCUCACCAAAUAGUACUGACAAAAUGUUUAUGGUGUAAAAAAUGUGUUUCACUGACCAAAAGGUAUUGACGUAAUUUUUAUGAUAUCAGAAAAGUUGUUUCCUGACCCAAUAGUAUUGACGAAAUUUUACUGUUGUCAAAAAAGAAUUUUUUCCUGGCCAAUUAGUAUUGACGAACUUUUAUGAUAUCAGAAAAUGUGUUUUACUGACCAAAAGUAUUGACGUAAUUUUUAUGAUAUCAGAAAAGCUGUUUUCCUGACCAAAUAGUAUUGACGAAAUUUUACUGUUGUCAAAAAAGAAUUUUUCCUUACCAAAUAGUACUGAUGAAGUGUUUAUGGCGUAACAAUUGGAGUUUUUCUGACCAAUUAGUAUUGACGAACUUUUGGUGUUGUCAAAAAUGAAUUUUUCUGACCAAUUACUUAUGACGAAAAAUUCAUUUCGUCAAAAUUAAAAAUUAAAUUUCGACGAUCGAUAUUUUGACGUCAAUAAUAAUUAUAUUUUCUGACGACAUUUUUUUGUUGGUUAGUAAUAAUGAUUAUUUCUAACGCAUAAUACGAAGUCAUAAAAAAUAAUCCGCCUGAAAAAUGGAAAUCGAGGCAAAAACAUUAACUGACAAAAAAAAUACGAUUUUUGACAAAAAUCCACAUCUGUCAGUAAUAAUUUCAUUAUUACAGACGGAAAUUGUUUUUCAUCGGAAUUAUUGAUUUUUUUUACGCAAUUUUUGAGUCAUCAGUAAAUUUUUGUCACAAUUGCCUGCCUUUUUUUGUAGUGAAAGAGGGAGUUUGUGACAUCGCAUAGGGACCUCGUGGUAGUGGUGGUGGGAGGCAGAGGCGGCGUCUCCACUGUCGGAGGGAUGGCGAUGCAGCGGUGGUGGAAGGGCGGUGAAAGGGCUGCGGCGAGAAGGUUGCGGCAGUGGUGGGAGGCGGAGGGCACGACGAGUUGGAGGGUUGCGGCGCAGGGCUGUGGCGAUGCGGUGGUGGGAGGCGGAGGGCGCAACGGGUCAACGGGAGGACUCUAGCAGUGUUGGCGGAAGAGAGACAGAGCAGUGUUGGCGGAAGAGAGAGAGAGAGAGAGAGAGAGAGAGAGAGAGAGAGAGAGAGAGAGAGAGAGAGAGAGAGAGAGAGAGAGGGGGGGGGGGGAGAGUGAGAGAGAGAGAAGAGAUGGGAGGAAGAAGAAGAGAGAAUUGUUGGUGAUGGCGGUAGAGAGAGAGAGUGGAAAUAGGGUUAAUGUAGGAUUUUGGGUAAUUAAUAGGGGUAAUUAUCUAAUGUGGUAAAAAAUUCUGUCCAAAAAUACCGUUAAUCCAAACUGUACUGUUAAUUUGAAAAUAGUAAGAAAGAGAAUGAAAUAGAAGGUUAAGA